CUCCGGUGCUACCUCCUUCGAUACGGAUUCUUUUGGAUGUUAUGUAAAAUGUGAACAAAUCAAAUUGCCGUAUUUUGUGAAAGAAUAUUUCGUUUCGUUUACGUUACCUAUCAGGGAAUACUACAAUGGAGACGCCAUCUGGAUAGCAUUGUUGGGAAUCGCGCGAAAAGCACUAAAGUGUCGCACUCUAAUGGCAUCUCUAGAAAAUCAUAUAACCUCAAUCGAGCGAAAGGAAUUUUGCAAUCAAACUUACUGCUUGCGAUUAAGUUCCGUUUAGUUAGAUGAGAAAACAGUAAGGUUGCGUAUGAAGAUUGAAAGAAUGAUUUCGCGAUAUUUAUUAGCAUUUUGCGUCCUGGUAAUUACAAUAAUUAAACUCUCCUUUGCGGAGAGAAUACCCCAAGCUAUAAUUCCACCCCAUAUUGCAAUGACGUCUAUGGCAAGUCAAGAACUCACCUCGGCACAGCCUCAGGGUAGCCUUGGUUUUCUUCAUGCCUUCAUUGCUUCGCUGUCAGUUAUUGUUGUCUCUGAACUGGGUGACAAAACCUUCUUCAUUGCUGCCAUCAUGGCUAUGAGACACCCUCGUCUUACUGUAUUUGCUGGGGCAAUUGCAGCUCUUGCAUUUAUGACUGUACUAUCUGUGGUUUUUGGCUAUGCUGCGACCAUCAUACCUAGAGCAUAUACUUAUUAUAUAAGUACAGCUCUGUUUGCCCUGUUUGGAUUGAAAAUGCUACGUGAUGGGUAUUAUAUGUCCCCAACAGAGGCUCAAGAGGAAUUGGAAGAGGUUCAGUUGGAUCUCAGGAAGAGAGAGGAUGAAUUUGAGAAAGAAUCUGGUACUACUCUUGUUCAAGAUCCAGAAACUGGUAUCAUUCGCAAAUCACCCAAAGCAAGUGUCUUUAUGCUUCUCUCCAGGAUUUUCCUCCAAGCUUUUACAUUGACCUUCCUUGCCGAAUGGGGUGAUCGCUCGCAGCUGACCACGAUUAUCCUAGCUGCACGAGAGGACGUUUAUGGCGUGAUCCUUGGAGGAGUCCUUGGACAUAGUUUUUGUACAGGUCUUGCUGUCCUUGGAGGAAGGAUGAUUGCACAGAGAAUAUCAGUACGCACAGUAACCAUCAUCGGUGGAAUAGUUUUCCUUCUAUUCGCCAUAACAGCACUCUGCAUGAACCCUACGGAGAGCAUGUAGAGGAAAUCAAAAGAAACUUUUAGGCAAAUUGCUUAAGCAAGAAGCAUUUCAUUUUCCUUGUAAACUAACUCUGUGAAUAAGGUGUACAUUUGUACAGUAAGGGUAGGAUCAAAUUCAUAAGAUCCACAAUUUUUAGUACUUUUUUUUUAUAUUACAUCCACCCGCUAAAGAUCACCAUAUCCGCAUUUUCUCAUUCCUUCCUACGCGAUUCGGUCCAGUAUUCCAUGAUGAAUUCAUUCGUAGGGUCCGGAAUUCCAUGGUGGGGAUUGCGGGGUCUUCUCGGCGAGAAUUAUAAAAGGCCCAAAGGGCAUCGCACUCCAGUUGUAACCGAAACUAGUGCCACAAUGUGUGGAAACGUGCGAACCUUUGUUGUGAAGCACGACAAAGGUCUUGGAAAAUAUAAGUUUGAAUAACAUUUAUAAUUAUACAAAUUGCUAAAUAAUAAUUAUCGACGAAGAGGAUAAUUGUACAAACGUCUAUACAUUGCCUUUAACUUCUUGUCUUAUAGAUCAGGUUUGGCAUAACCUCGAAUUAAUUUUUUUAGCGCAUUAGAAACUACGUGAUCGAUAAUGGGGAUUAGAGGGUACUGCAUUUUUUUCCCCUGAAAUCAACUCAUAUAAUCCCACUUCUUCUUAAAUUAGUCCUAACAUACGAACUUUCUUAAUGUCGAAAAUCAAAUAUUAUAUACCGUUUUGUUAUAUCGUUUUCUAUUUUAGAUCCCUGCGUAUUGUUUAACAAUGAAGCAUGAGUAUUAUAGCGGUGUAAACUUAAUCAACAAUAUAAUAUUAAUUAAAUUACCGCGAGAGCCAUAAAAUUGCUGUGUACUAUAAAAGCUUUAAGUUAAGUAUUUGAAAAGAUGUGUAAUUUAAUGAAAAAUCAAUUAGAUUAUACAUAUACUAUUUUUAGCCGACACAAACUAACAGAAAUGCCUUUUUUUCUUGUCAUUUCGUUAGUUCAUAUCGCGAUAUAUUUUUUUAAUCGACAUAGUAUGAAAUUGUAUCCUGAGCGAGGGAUUUCCUACUAGAGAAAAGUUUAAUGGACUUAUAAAUAAAUCUGUUUCAAAAAAAAAGAACAAGUAAAGGAAA